GUCAUUGGAGCGCGCCCGUCCCGUCCUGUUUUAGUUCACCCUCUGCACAUUGGAGAACGGCGAGGCUGCGCGUGGACACACCCGUCACAGUCAACACUUUGAACUGAGUAAACUUAGACGAACCGAGAUGACUUCAUUCGUUUGGAUCGUCGUGUUGGCCAGUCUUGUGGCAACAAAAGCGCAAGACUUUGACCUUACCGAUGCCUUAGGAGAUUUGGACAUGGUCACAGAGAAACCUCCACUUCCAAAAGAGCCUGACGCACCUAAAAGCCCCGGUGGCUUUGAUCUCUCGGAUGCACUGGGCCCAGAGCCUGCUGCACCUGCAGGGGGAGAAGGUGACCUGGAUCUCAACGAUGCCUUUGGAGGAGCAGAUGACACACCAACAGAACCGAAGAAGCCUGCAGGAGGAAAUCCAGAUCCAACAGAACCAAAGAAGCCGACGGGAGGUGACCUGGAUCUCAACGAUGCCUUUGGAGGUCCAGGUGGAUUUGAUUUGUCAGAUGCCCUGGGUCCAGACCCAGAGCCAGAAAAGCCAGCUGUCAUCCCCCCUAAAGACGGAGGAACUGGUGGAACCGGGGGCGGAACCUUUGAUGACAGUGACCUGUUUGACGUGGGAGGAGGAGGAAGUGACUACAAGCCGGACAAAGGCAAGGGAGGAGCACGACCAUCUGACCCCGGCCAUAAUGAACCAGCUGCGGACCAGCCUGCAGAGGCCGGGUCAGGACCCCUGGCGGGCAUCAUCAGCGCGGUGGGUUUGGCUUUACUGGGCGCGGCCUCCAGCUUCUUCGCCUAUCAGAAGAAGAAGCUCUGCUUCAAGAUACAAGGAGGAGUCGAUCCAGAGAGUGGCAAACAUCACCAGGGCACCGAGUCUGAGCCCCAAGUUCUCAGCAACCUGCUCAGGUCCUCCUAGUUCACAAAGGAGGAGUCACCUUUGACCUUUGGCCCCGCACCUAGACAUGGGUCUGUUACACACACACUUGUGUCAUAAGUUCAUUUGCGUUUCAUGUGUGUUCUCAAGUUCUCAAAUGUUGUUGUUUUGUUUUUUUGGUUGGGUUGUUUUUUUUUUUUUCUCGUUUGUACCUUUGUCAGAUUUCCUGUUCCUGUGUUUGUGUGAUAAUUAUGUAAUUCAUUGUGUUGAUUUGA